CGUGGCCACGCGCAGGCGCGGUGCGCGCCGGGGCGGCGGCGGCGGGGGCGGCCAUGUCGGUGCAGGAAGACCCGGUGCAGCGGGAGAUCCACCAGGACUGGGCCAAUCGCGAGUACAUCGAGGUGAUCACCAGCUCCAUCAAGAAGAUCGCGGACUUCCUCAAUUCCUUCGACAUGUCGUGCCGGUCGCGGCUGGCCACGCUGAACGAGAAGCUGACGGCGCUGGAGCGCAGGAUCGAGUACAUCGAGGCCCGGGUCACCAAGGGCGAGACGCUGACGUAGGCCAGGGCCGGCCCCGGGCCCCGCCGCCCCGCCGGAGCACCGCCGCCCCGCACCCUGCUCGGGGCCUGCCGCCGCCGCCGCCGCCACCGCCGCCUCUGCUUGUGUUGCCAAUAAACCGCUGUGCUCCUGCCCUGCUUGCUCUCUGCCUGCCUGCCUGGGGCUGCGCCGCGGGAUGCCCGGCUCCCCGCCACCGGCUUGGAUGUCAGAGCCUGCCCUUCCACCCGCCUGAGCCGCAGCGGCCGGGCCCUCGCUCCUCCCCACACAUGGGGGUUAUGAUGGGAGGGGGCGCACUCCAGGGGCUGCAGGCCUGGCUGCUGUCGGCACCGGGAGGCACCUGACCAGCCUUCAAGGUGCUUUGUGCUCCUGCUGGGGUCACAGCAGAAAAUCCGAUGAUCCCGAUGGUUUGGAGGGUGUCUCAGCCUUCACGUGUGCAUGCUGUCCGGGCUACGUGGGGACAGCAGGCUCGCCUGAUGUGGUGCACCUGCCGCAGGAGGGUGCCCUUUGCUGGCACCUGGGAAGAGGUGCUUAUCCUCCUCUCUGGGGAGGCAAGGAGAAGGCAAUCUCUCUUCCCUUCUCACCCCUCCUCCAUCUCAGUGGGCAUCUAGAGCCGCAGACUCACUGCUCAUAUUUAGUGUUUGUUGGGGAGUCCAUGGAGCUCGUGUCAGUAAAGGUCUUGCUUCCCAGCAGGCUUUAAAUGUCUUUGUAUGUUACUCUUAACUGAAAGCUCUCUUUUUUUCACGAUGGCAGCGUAACGUCUGCAGUGUUUGUUGGGCACCUGGGUAACCUGAUGUUCUUCUUUAUAUUUUUGAGGCUGGCUGGUUGGUCCUCAGCGUAGGUCCUCAAAGCUCACAGUUUUGUUCUCCAUAAAAAGCUCUGUGUUUUCCAUUGUUUGAAUAAGUGUUCCUCCAGCCUUUCCCUCAGCUCACCUAGCCAGUUAUGCUUUACUGUCGGGUUGGACUGCACAUCUGGGAGGCCUGGCUGCUGCUGGCGUAUAGUCUCAGCAGAAAUAAGUGCUGUAGCAACCUUGCAGAACUUAGAGUGGAGCAGCCAGGGAUCAUUGUACUUUUGCUCAGGGACGAUAUUAAAUUAUGAGAAAUAGUGCUGGUGUACAAGAUUGGUAGGUAGAGGGAAAGCACCUAUCUCUACUCGGAGAAAGUUGCUCUGUGGCCCAGGAAUGUCAAAAGUACACCCAUAGCCCAUACACUGCUUAUUCUGGGUGUGCUAGAAUGGAGUCCUGACAUCUCCAUCCUUGGAGAUAACUCGGUACUUGUCUGGACAAGGCCCUGAACAACUUGGUCUGACUUUGAAGUUAGCCCUGCUUUGGGGGGGAGUGGGGCUGAGGUAGAGACCACCAGAAGUCCCAGCCUAAAUUAUCCUAAGGUUCUUCACCCAAAGACUGAAUGGGAGGCAGAGGGUACCACAGACAUGUUUGUGACUGGGGCUGUACCAGGCUGACCUAUUCACUUGAGAUCAUUUCCUUGAUCCCGUUCCCAGCUAGCAGUGUGGUGUGCCUCUUCUGAUCCCUUCUUGGAUCUCCUCACACACCGUUACAACAGUUACCCAUUUGCCCUCUGUCUCCAGGGUUUCUUACAGGAGCAGGUGUUGCCCCACAGUCUGUGUGGCCAAAGCAGUUUCAGUGUAGGAAUCUGUCUUCUGGAGGGUACCGCUCCUCCCGGCACACGUGCUGGCACAGAGCUUGGGCACUGUGGGAUCAGCCUGUCUGGUUCAUCUCCCAGCAGGGAUGCCAGGUAGCUCGCUCCGGUACGGAGUUCUGCCCUUUGUGUUUCCCUUUCAGGAAGUCUCAGUAGUUCCCUAGGCUCUGUAGUACUAGGCUCUCUGGUUUGGGUGCCGCCGAUCCAGGAUAAACCACACCACCAUCUCUGGGAGGUGGAGAAACCUUCUGGUCCUCAGGCUGAUGCUGCUUCUUCCAGCAGUGCUGUGGUCUGCAGCCCUGUGGUAGAUGGAUCUUUGAUAUUUUUGAUUGUUUUAAAAGACUGAGGAAUUCUGCUUGCCUUUUUUUGUUGUACUGUGUCUUUUUAAGAAUAUGAUGCCCCAGGAACCCACAUUAAACUUUUCUGGAGUGGA